CCUAACGCUACGCCGCAGCGGCAAGCAUGGCCGCGCACUCGAGAGGCCACAUCUGCCACUGCCUCGGCCGCAUCGAGGCCGUCCGGCGAGACUCUCCGGUCGCCAUCUCUGGACUCCGGCGGAGGACCGGCGAAGAGCUAGUGAAGGGCGUCCGCUCCCUCGCCCGCGGCCUGGCCGACUCCGGCGUCGCCAGGGGUGACGUCGUUGCCGUCGCCGCCCUCAACAGUGAUCAGUACAUGGAGCUGUUCCUCGCCAUCUCCUAUGUCGGAGGCAUCGUCGCUCCUCUCAAUCACCGCUGGGGCUUUGAGGAGGCAAGGAUGGCGAUGGAGCUCGUAAAGCCCAAGAUGUUAGCGGUGGAUGAAUACUGCAGCCCAUGGGCUGUCGAGCUGCAAACGAGCGACAGUUUGUCAUCUAUAAAGCUCUACCUUCUUAUUGGGGAGUCGUCAUCCAGCUUCAACUGCAAUCAUAGUUCUUUGCGUUUAAAUCUGAUUCAGAGGCUUGACAAACCUAUGCCAAUAAUUGAUCCAAUUUGUGCACCAGAGGACAUUGCUUUAAUAUGCUUUACAUCAGGAACCACUGGAAAGCCAAAGGGUGUAAAGAUAAGCCACACAGCUUUGAUUGUUCAAUCCCUUGCAAAGAUAGCUAUUGUUGGCUAUGGUGAGGAUGAUGUUUAUCUCCAUACAGCUCCUUUGUGCCACAUUGGUGGGAUAACUUCAUGCAUGGCAAUGCUAUUAGCAGGGGGUUGCCAUGUUUUCAUACCCAAGUUUGAUGCAAAGUUAACUUUUGAAGAAAUAAAAAAUCACCAAGUGACAUCAUUUAUUACAGUUCCUGCAAUGAUGGCUGAUUUAAUAUCAUUUAUAAGUAGAAAAUCCAACAUGUGGAGUGAUGGAGAAACUGUACGCAAGAUUCUCAAUGGUGGUGGUGGCCUAUCAGAAGAGCUUACAAAGUGUGCCAGUCACUUGUUCCCUCAUGCUAAAAUACUUUCUGCUUAUGGGAUGACAGAGGCUUGUUCUUCAUUGACCUUCAUGACCCUUUUUGACCCCAUGUUUAAAAAUGUUGGUGUAUCUUUUCAUGAUAAGAUCAAUGUUGAGGCAGACUCACGGCAUCACCAUUUAGGGGGAGUGUGUGUUGGGAAGCCUCCCCCUCAUAUUGAGCUGAAGAUAUCUGGCAGUAGUGACAAUUGUUGCACUUCCUUUGUUGGGAAUAUCUUAACUAGAGGUUUGCAUGUUAUGGUUGGGUAUUGGGACAGCACAGAUGUAAUUAUGGCAGAGUCUGCAGAGAACAGAUGGCUUGACACAGGUGACAUUGGCUGGCUUGAUGGCAAAGGUGAUCUGUGGCUUGUUGGCCGUGAAAAGGGUCAUAUAAAGACUGGAGGAGAAAAUGUUUACCCUGAAGAGGUUGAAGCUGUGCUUUCUCAGCAUCCUGGAGUCUUCAGAGUUGUGGUGGUUGGUGUUCCUGACAGCCGCUUCACAGAAAAAGUUGUUGCUUGUUUAAACAUAAAGGAAGGUUGGAAAUGGGUCGAUCAUAGUUCUAAAUACUCACUGGAGGCAAAAGAAGUUUCGCCUGAGAUCUUCCAAGACCAUUGCAGGCAGAGCAAUUUAAGCAGAUUCAAGAUACCAAAGAUCUAUUCUUUAUGGAGAAGACCUUUUCCAUUGACUACCACAGGGAAGUUAAAAAGGGAUGAUAUAAGAAAAGAAGUAAUGUCUUCCAUGCAACCAAGGAGCAAUCUGUGAUAUGAAGAUAGUUUUGAGCAAUCCAUGGUUUGAGCGACGAUUGGUGAUAGGUCAUAGAGGCAAUUCGCUCGUAAAUUAUGCUAAAAUCAAUUAAUUUUGAUCAGCAGAAGCUGUAUCAUCACUGAAUCUACCGAAGAAUGUUCUUUUUUCUGUUCUCUCUUCUGAAGAUCUGUAUCUGAAAAAUUGUCCAGUAUUAAAGUACUUGACUUUUAUAUUUCAAAGAAACAGACUAUUUCUGAUAUCA